ACAAUUUUAUAGGAAUUUGUAUUCAGCCAGACAUUCUAGCUUCCAUGAAAGAACCUUCACUUUAACCCCACACGCAUUUUAGCUUAUUCCCCAAGAAAUCAGCCCUUUCUCAACUGGUCAACUUACAAUUUCAUGAAUCUUUACAUAUAUAACUACUUGUAGAAACACACACAUGGAACGUCUUUGCAUAUACAAUCCUCUUUAACGUUGAUUGAUUUCCUUUUAGAAUUUACCCAGAUCGAGAAAUUGUUGAUACAGUAAUGGUUCUGCCACUAUUGAAGCUUGGGACACUUGCAUUGAAAACACUGAGCAAACCCAUUGGCAGUAGGCUUAAGCAACAAGCUGGGUUGCACCCAAAGUUUCGUAAUUUCAUUGUCAGCAUGGCCCAGGCAAACCACCGGAUCACAACAACAAUGCAGAGGCGGUUAUAUGGUCAUGCAACCAAUGUAGAGAUACGGCCUUUGGAUGAAGAAAAAGCUGUUCAAGCUGCUGUUGAUCUUCUGGGGGAGGCUUUUGUCUUUUCGGUUGCAGUUGCUGCACUUUACUUUGAGGUGCAAAGAAGUUCUCGAUCAGAAGCGAAAAAGGAGGAACUUCGCAGACAAGAUCUGGAGCAAAUGAGGGAAAGAGAUGAUGCAUUGUCACGAGAGGUGGAGAGCCUGAAAAGCAAAAUUCAAGAGCUUGAACAGUUGGCAAGGGGACGAGGACUAGCUGGAGUGUUCAAUUUCAGACCUUCUCAAGUCGAAGAAGGCAAAGUACCAACACCAGCAUGAUCUUUUGUGUGAUGUUUUGGCAGCAAAAUGAUCAGAUAUUUUCUCAUUCUUUGGAGCCAAGAAUCAUAUGCCUUCUGUAAACCAGAAGCCUAGGCUCCUUGCUGAAAAUGAAGUUGAAUCUUAUGAAAAUUUCCAUUGAUGUUAUCAAUAUUGUGAGUUCCAUAGCCUGAGUUUUUGCUGUUUCCUCCUUUGAUUUAUGGCACUAUACUGAUUUUACUUAUGUCUAACACCACAUGCUUUCAAGAGACUUGUGUACUUAGCAGUUAGCAUCAUAGGGUGCUAAAUUGUGAAAUGUUGGAUUUGGAGAUUUUUUUUCAGCCAUGUUCUAAUGUUCAAUACUGGUGAGGUGACAUUUUGACCAGAUGCUCCUUACCUGCAAAAGUUUUAUGUAAUACAAAUAUAACACCAAUAUUUAUACUUUA